AUGAUCUCUCCCUCGCACAUCAUCGGGGCACUCGUCCGUCGAGGGCUGGAGACUGCCCCCCAGCAUCUGGCUAAGCGGGAGGAUGUCAAACGUGUGGUCUUCUCUCUACCUUUUGCCGCCUUUACCGUUCUCACUCUGAUCUUCAUCGUGGGACUCAUCGCUAUCGACUAUACAUAUGGCCGUGUUGUGACUACGCUGACGAUCAUCGAGGAUCCCAACCCGCCGGCGGCUGCGUCUCUGCCCAGUUACAGCGACGUGGUCGAGGACGGUCCAAAAGGCGCCACUAUCGAUAAGAAGCAGCAGCAGCAGCCCCUUGGUCAGCCUGAAAUUGAGGCACUUCCCACGGCCUAUAAACCCAUCACCAGCGGGCUCCGCUCAACGACCAAACAUCUGCGUACUCGCGGUGGCCCCCGUGCCCGAUUCCGUGGGUUUACUUACUAUGUAGCCCUGACUCUUACCCGUGGUCUCUUGACAGGUUUGGUUGGCUUUAUGGGGGCUGUUGCUCCAGUGAUUGCAGAUGUUGCCGUUUCGACCAUGAUUCUCGCCUGGAUCCACGCUGUUAUCGCUGCACCCAGCUCCAAGUCCUGGUGUCAACGCUUCCCAUCAAUCCGUAAGAACUGGAUCAAGAUAGCACCAGCCGUUUUCAUCUCGACAGUAGCCUCGCAGCUGAGCUUCCACGUUCCGGUUGCUAUUGGAGCGAUGUUCGGUGGUUUCCGUUACGACGGGCGUGGCAUGUACUCUCUUGCUGAGCCCCGUCCCAUCUACUUUGCGCAUGCCGGCGGCGCCGUGGUUCUGUCACUGAUCUUGGGCCUGGUGCUUGACCUCCCUGCCUCUGUGAUGAUGGUCCGGGUUGCAGCCUCUCUGUUGCCCGCGGACGACGAGACCAUCGUCCCCUUCGACCGAACCUUUAACGGCAAAGUGACUUCUGUGGACGCUGAUGGUGCCGGCCUCGUUGGCAUCCUCGACGCCUGGAAGACCUUCAGCUGGGCCUCCUUCCGACGCCUGCUCAUGAAUCUAGUCAAGACUUGUGGCCUGAUCGCGGCCGCAUGUCUGGUUUAUGGUAUCGUUGGCGGCGUCGGUCUGAAGUGGUAUUUCGAUAUUUCGAUAUCCCAUGAGGAUAGAUACCCAGCGAUAAGCCAGGUUGGCUUUGACUGCAGACAGCUGCAAUAUCGUGCCAAAUACCAGCUCCUCCUCAGUGGAUGGAAAGAGCUAUAUAUCCCAUCCUAUACCUUUUUGUACUACUUUUGUAUCACUCUCUGUACCACGCUCCCUUCCCGCUCGUUUAUGCCACAGGCACACAUGUGUAUCUCCGCCAAUGCGGUCACUUGCUCCCACGGCGUUCUUUCAAAUCCACGAGUUACCCGCCAACCAAGUACACCCCACACCGUCGCAGACAGGACAGCAUUACUUACAGCCAACCUGCAAACCGUUCUGUUCCCCCACCUCAGCCUGUUCUGCUCCCUCUCGAGCAACCCGGCUAUCCUCACUCUUCAAGUCAACCAGCGAUCUACAUACAGUCUACAUCCAGCCUACCUACCGAGGGCGUACGGAGUACCAAACGAGGGAAACCCUCCCCCAGACCUCCUCCCCCGCCACAGCGCGCCACAGAACCAACACCAGAACACCGAAGCACCUUGGAAGCUUGCCAUUGUUUUUUUUUGGUUGUCAGCGAGCGAAAACCAGCCGGAUAGGAAGAGAAAGCCCGGGGAGGAAAAAAAAGGAUACCAGCUGAAGAAAAACAAGAGCGGAGAAGAAAAGCAGAGUGAGGAUGGCGGCGUCGGCAGCAGGAGGCUUGCUGAGCCGCCAGCUCAAGCAGAUGCAGACGGACAAGGACAUUCCGGGGAUCAGCUGUGGGCUGGCGGACGACAACAACGUGUUUGA